AUGUUUGGUGUUAAAAUUCAUCUUCAUCGUUCAUUAUCAAUUAUGGCUUUAAUAAUUUGUUUUUUGUUAAUUAUUAUUUUAUAUUCUCAAAGAAAAAAAUCGUCAAUUGAAAAAUUCGAAAUUGAUAAUGAUGAAGAUAUAAAUUUGAUUGAUUUAUUUAAUGAUGCUUUUAAAUUAACAUAUCAAGCUGGACAAACAAUUAAAAUAAUAAAAAAUAGAAAAAAAAAUUUUAAGAACAGUUUAAAGAAAAAAUCAUUUAAAAAUUUACCAAGUGAACCUGUUACAAUAGCAGAUUUAGUUUCACAUUCAAUAAUAACUAAUGGAUUAAAAAAUAAAUUUAAAAAUCUUCAAAUUAUAUCAGAAGAAAAAGAUCCAAUUAAUAAUGAAGUUUUUCAAUUAAUUCAACAAGAAUUUAAUAUUGAAAAUAAAUCUCCAAAUAUUCCAUUUAUUAAAAAUGAUCAAAAUUUAAUGACAGUUCCAUUAUCAUCAGUUGCUAUUUGGCUUGAUCCUUUAGAUGCAACCAAAGAAUUUACAGAGGAUCUUCUUGAAUAUGUCACGGUUAUGUUAUGUAUUACAAUCGAAAAAAAACCAACUAUUGGAAUUGUUUAUGCACCAUUUACUAAUAAAUUAACAUGGGCUUGGGUUGGUGUUGAUCAUUCACCUAUUAAACGAGAUGAAAAUAUUCUUUUAGAAGUUCAUAAACCAGGUAUUGAUGAAAUAAUUUUAUCUCGUUCACAUGCUGGUCAUGCUCAUGAAAUUCUUAAAAAUAUUUAUCGUGAUAAACAAUAUAAAAUUAUUCCAGCUGCUGGAUCAGGUUUACUUUUCUAUUUUGUUAUUUUCAAUUGUUUAUUAAUUCAUUUUAAUUCUUUAGGUUAUAAAACAGUUCAAAUAUUAGAAGAAUAUGCUGAUUAUUAUCUUCAUAUAACUCCAAUUAAAAAAUGGGAUGUUUGUGCUCCAGAUGCUAUAUUAAGAGCAAAUCAUGGAACUAUGACAACACUUAAAAAUCAAACUAUAUCUUAUGAUCAUAAAAAUAAAAAUAUGUUAAUUACUGACGGACUUUUAGCAACAUAUAAAAGAAAUCAUAAUGAUCUUUUGAAAUUUUUUGAAGCUUCGAAUCUCACGAAGUAUAUUUUUCAAAAAAAAGCAGAUAAUUAA